CUCCUCGCAUCCUUCCCCACCACUUCCCUCGCCAUCGCCCAGCUCCCUCGCCAUCUAUCCGCACAGCUACCUCGCCAUCUUCCCGCCAGCUCCCGCCAUCCUAUAGCUCCUCACACAUCCUCUCCCAGCUCGCUCUUCGCCAUCCUAUCCCGCAGCUCCCUCGCAUCCACAUCGCUCCUCACAUCUAUCCCAGCCAGCUCCCACGCCAUCCUAGUCCCAGCCGCUCCUCGCUCAUCCGAUCCCCAGCCACUACCGCGCCAUCUAUCCCAGCCACGCUCCCUCGCCAUCGAGAGCUCCUCCCCGUCACUAUCCCCAGCCAGCUCCCGCAUCCUCUCCCAGCCAAUUCCCUCUCCAGCGUAUCCCAGCCACUGCUCGCCAUCUAUAGCGCCUCACCAUCUAUCCCAGCCGCUCCCUCGCAGCCUUCAUCCGCGCCGUUUUCCCUCUCCAUCUAUCAGCCAGCUCCUCCCAUCUAUAGCUCCCUCAUCCUAUCCCACCCAGCUCCCGUCGCCAUCCGACCCAGCCAUUCCCGUCUCAUCCUUUCCUCGCCAGCUCCUCGCCUCUACUCCCAGCCAACUCCUCUGCCAUCCUAUCCUCCAGCCAGCUCCCUCGCCAUCCUAGCACAAGGCCAAUUCUCGAAGAUUAUACGCUCGCGCCACUCUCCCAGCAUCUCCCCUGAAUCUAUACGCUCCCUCGCAUCCUGCCCAGCCAGCUCCUCUGCCAUCUAUCCCAGCCGCUGCCGCUCUCACCGUAUCACAGCCAGCUGCCCUCGCCCUCCUAUAGCUCCUGCGACAUCCUAUCCCAGCCAGCGCCUCGCCAUCCUAUCCCAGCCAACUCGCCAUCGCUAUCCCGCACAGCUUUUCCUCAGCCAUCCUAUAGCUCCUCACUCAUCUAGACACAGCAUGCGCCGCAGCCCGCUCCCACGCCAAUUCCCUAUCCCAUCCCAGCUAGCGCAGCGCACAUGCGAUAGCUCCUCACCAUCCUAUCCCAGCAGCUCCCGCGCCAUUCUAUCCCCAGACAUUCCCUCGCAUCCUAUCCCAGCAGCUCCCGCCAUACGAUCCUCAGCAGCUCCUCGACCUCCUAGUACCCAUCCAGCUCCCUCGCCAUCCUAUAGCUCUCGCCUCCGUAUCCCAGCCAUCUCCUCGCAUCCUAUAGCUCCCUCGCCAUCCUAUCCCAGCCAGUGCUCCCUGCGCAUCCUUCCCCAGCCCGGCUCCGCGCCAUCCUAUCCCAGCAGCUCCUCGGCCAUCCAUAUGCUCCUCACCAUCCUAUCCCACGCUAGCUCCUCGCCCUCCUAUCCCCAGCCAGCUCCCUCCCUCGCCAUCCCCAUAGCUCACUCACCAUCCUAUCCCACGCCAGCUCUCCACGCAUCCGAUCCCACCAGCUCCCUCCUCCCAUCCUAUAGAUCCCCACCAUCCUAUCCCCAGCAGCUCCCUCGCCAUCCUAAUCCCCACCAAUUCCCUCUCCACCUAGCCCAGCCAGCUCCCGCGACCGCCUAUCCCCAGCCCGCGCCCCGCACCUAUAGCUCCCUCGCCAUCCUAUCCCUAGCCAUCUCCCCGCCUCCUAUAGCUCCCCUCGCCAUCCUAAAUUCCCGCCAGCUCCCUCGCCAUCCUUCCCAGAUCAACCUCCCUCCCAUCCUUCCCAGUCCAGCUCCACCUCGCCAUCCUAUAGCUCCCUCACCAUCUCUAUCCACCCGCUCCCCUCGCCAUCCUAUCCCCCAGCCACCCUCUCCAUCCUUCCCCCCGCCACCUCCCAUCGCCAUCCUAUAUCCCCCCAACUCCAUCGCCAUCCUAGCCUCAGCUAGAUCCCUCGCAUCCUAUCGCUCCCUCACCACCUAA